AUGUUUCUCUUCCUCGUUGCUUUUUUGCCAGUGUUUUUUGAAAUCGGUUUUGUCAGCCUCUCAGCUCUGCAGCACUGGAACUGUCCUAAUGGAUACAGAUUAAAGACUGAAAUCUCUGCUUGUAUAGAUAUUGAUGAAUGUCUUGAAGGUGGUUUGGGAACCUGUGGCCAGACCUGUAUCAAUGUUCCAGGCUCCUAUAUCUGCUCCUGUUUGCCUGGCUACACUUUGGAUAUUGAUAAACGAUCUUGCUACGUGAAUGACCCUGCACCAUUCCUACUCUUUAGCCAUGGAAAUGCCAUCUUUAGAAUUGACACUGAAGGGACCAAUCAUGACAGAUUGGUGGCUGAUACUGGUCAGUCAACACUUAUGGAUUUUCAUUAUGCAGAAGAAAAAGUGUAUUGGGUAGACUCUGAAAGACGAUUGCUUCAAAGAAUUCACCUAAAUGGCACAAAACGAGAGAGACUAUGUUACAUAGACAAAGGCACUUCAGGAUUUGCUAUUGACUGGAUAAAUCAAGACAUUCUCUGGGCCAACAGGCAGAAAGGAACCAUAGAAGCCACAGACUUGACUGGGAAGAAACGCCGAGUUCUUCUAAGAGACGUUGGUCGUCCCAUGAGGAUUACUGUUGAUGCUGAGCAAAGGCUAUUAUUUUGGUCUUCAGAUGGCACGGUUUCUAGUAUACACCGAGUGUCCCUCAGCGGAAGUGACGUGAGAAAUGUUUUAAGAACCACAGAAAAAAUCAAGGCCAUAUCACUAGAUCUGGUUGACACAAGACUCUACUGGAUACAACAUGACCAUGGGAAAGAGAUUUCCCGCAUUGGAUCAUGUGGCUAUGAUGGUGGAGCUGUUCGUUUGCUCAAAAAUUCUGUCCGACAUCAGUUGCUUGGAAUGUCUCUCUUUGCUGAGCACCUCUACUAUUCAGAGAUGAAAUCUGGUAUGAUAUGGAGAGCCAAUAAGUACACUGGAAAAGUUGUAGUGACAAUUAGCCUAAAGCCACUGUUUUUCCCUCCAGUGGAGAUAAAAGUGGUACACCCAUUUAAGCAGCCAGGUGCAAGAACAGAGUAUCAGGAUUUUGAACGGGGAGUCUAUGAUCUGAACAAAGACAAUUGCAGAAGAAGAAUCUGCAGGCCAGACUGGAAGUCUCUUCAGCUUAAAUGUUCAAGUGGCUUUAUUUUAAGUCGAAAUAAACAGUUCUGUGAAGAUAUCAAUGAAUGUGGCUUCUGGAAUCAUGGCUGUACUUUGGGCUGUGUGAACAUCCCUGGUUCCUAUUACUGCACCUGCCCAAGAGGUUUUGCUCUGCUGCCUGAUAGGAAAACCUGCCAUGAGUUAGUUUUCUGUACAAGGAAUGACACUGAAUGUAGCCAUGGUUGCCUUCAAACAUCUAAAGGGCCUGUUUGCUUUUGUCCUGAGGGAUCUAUACUCAAAAUGGAUGGCAAAGCAUGCACGGGUUGUACAUCUCCAGACAAUGGUGGCUGUAGUCAGAUAUGUUCUUCUUUAAGUCCAUCCUCCUGGGAAUGUGCUUGUUUUCCUGGAUAUAAGCUUCAGCGAGACAGAAAGCACUGCUCAGCUAUAGGUCCUAAGCCGUUCUUGUUGUUUGCAAAUGGCCAAGAUAUCCGCCAGAUCGGUUUUGAUGGAACAGAUUAUGCAAGUUUACUUGACUGGCAGAUGGGAACAGUCUUAGCGCUGGACUCUGACCCGGUGGAAAAUAAGAUUUAUUUUGCCCACACUGCCCUGAAAUGGAUAGAACGAGCUAAUCUGGAUGGCUCACAUCGUGAAAAAGUUAUUCAUGAAGCUAUAGACAUAGCCGAAGGCCUUGCUGUGGACUGGAUUAACCGUAAAUUGUACUGGACAGACAGAGGGAAGGCAUGCAUUGAAGGAAGCAACCUGGAUGGAAUGCAGAGAAAAAUGAUCAUCUGGGAGGAUAUCUCCCAGCCCCGAGGGAUUGCCAUUCACCCAUUUGCUAAGAGAUUAUUCUGGGCUGACAUGGGGGUGAAUCCUCGGAUCGACAGCUCGUCGUUAGAAGGCAUCCAUCGCCGGGUUAUAGCCAGCACUGGCCUGCUGCAGCCCAGCGGAAUAGCUCUGGACUACUUGGCCAACAAGGUGUACUGGUGUGAUGCUAAGCAGUCGGUGGUUGAGAGCGCAAAUCUGGAUGGCUCUGGUCGUCGAAUUCUUGCACAGAAUGAUGUAGGCCACCCUUUUGAUGUAGCGGUGUUUGAGGAUCACCUUUGGUUUUCUGACUGGGCUAGGCCAUCACUGAUGAGGGUGGACAAGAAGACCGGCCAAAACAGGGUACGUCUCCGAGGCAGCAUGCUGAGACCCUCAUCAGUGGUUGUAGUUCAUCCUUUGGCGAAACCAGGGGCAAAUCCUUGCCUUUAUGAGAAUGGAGGCUGUGAUCAGAUCUGUGAAAACCAUUUUGGAGUUGCCCAUUGCAUGUGCUAUCCAGGAUUUGGGAAAAGUGAAGAUGGGAAAACCUGUCGUGCUCUGAAUGCUUCUAGCACAUCAGCAGAAAACGUUGCUGUGCACAAGGAGGUGGUGCCGAUGCCAACACCAGAAGCUUUGCUCCCGAAUGCACAAAGCAGUGGGAUGUUCAAGGGUACAGACAGUGGGGAAAAGCAGAAAAUGCUGAUGGCUGAGAUCAUGGUGUCAGAUCAAGAUGACUGUACUACACUAGAAUGUGAUGUCAAUGCACAGUGUGUGUUGCUGGAAGAUGGAGCUGUGUGCCAGUGUUUGAAAGGAUUUACCAGGAAGGGGAAAUCAUGCUAUGAUGUUGAUGAGUGUGCUGUCAGUAUGGACCACUGCAACCGUAGCGUGUCAAGCUGCAUCAACACGGAAGGAGGCUACGUCUGUAAAUGCCUGGAGGGCUUCACUGGAGAUGGAGUCCAUUGCUAUGGUAUUGAUGAGUGCAAGAUGGGAUCUCACACCUGUGGAAAGAACAUAACCUGCACAAACACAGGAGGAAAUGUUACUUGCUUGUGUGCUGAUGGUGCUUCUGGAACUGGCAUUGGCUGCAAAUCUACUGUCCCCCCCACUGCUGUCAACAAGGAAUAUUCCACACACCCCAUGCAAGUUGAUGUUGUAGGAUGCCCUCCUUCGUACGAGUCCUACUGUCUCCACGGUGGAGUGUGCAAUUAUGUUUCUGAUCUCCAAGACUAUGCCUGCAACUGUGUGACCGGCUACGUCGGGGAGCGGUGCCAGUUCAGCGAUCUGGAGUGGUGGGAGCAGCAACACGCCGAGCGGGUGAAGAUGAGGAACAUCACCAUCACAGUCUGUGUAGCAGUGCUGGUUCUCCUGCUGCUGCUGGCGUUCCUGGCUGCCUACUGCCACAGAAGUCAGAACGUGUAUAAGAAGAAUCUCUACGCAGAAGCGAUAAGAGACGCCAGCAGCUGCGCUGACAACGAGAACGUGACACCUACCAGCUACAAGUCUCAGUUUGCGGUUGUGAAGGAGUGUAGCAGCUCUCCGGAGGCUAACGUGGUUGAUCUGAUUGAGUGUGAGACAGCAGAUCCUCAUCCUGCCUGCCCCUCAGAAUGUGGAGAACAGCGUAUAACAUAUGACAGAGCAGCAAAGACUUCUUUGGUGGAGGAGGAGAAACAACAAGACUGUCAACAAGAGGUUCCUCUCGGUGAGAAAUCUUGUCAGCCCAUGCGAAUGGUGAAGGGUAGUCCCCAGGCUCCCUGGAGUAUCCACCAUAAGCCUCUGCUAGAAAGGGAACCCUGUGAGCUUGUCCCAGCCAGCCUACUGAUGCAGCCAGACUAG